AUGUCUCAGUUUGUGAAGAUGUUCAGCGGAGGAGAAAAGGUGAAGAAGACCUGCCAACAAGACGACGUAGAGAAACUUCAGGUCAGAGAGGAGUUGCUUCUGAAGAAGGAACAAUAUCUGAAGAAAAAGAUUGAGCAGGAACUUCAGUUUGUCAAGACAAUCAGCACAAAAAACAGAAAGGUGGCUCUUCAGGCGCUGAGGAGAAAGAAGUGGUACGAGAAACAUCUCAAGAACAUUGACAGUGCUUUAAAAGCCAUUACGUCUGCUCAUGAACACAUAGAUAUCGUCAACAAGAUGGAUGACCUGAUGAAGGACUUCAAGGAGGAGCCGGCUGACACUCUGGACAUGUCAGACAACCUCCACACCUCUGUGAGCCUCGGAUUAGAAUUUGAUGAGGGCGAGCUGCUGGCAGAGCUUGAGAGGCUGGAGAAGAAUCUGGCUGAGAGUCUGGCAGAGAGUAGGGAGGAGAGAGUCUCUUGUCAAAGAGAGCUGUCCACUGCAUCACCCUCCAAUCCAGCAAAGACAGAGGAAGAUGAGGUACAGGAUGCGUUAGAGUAUCUGCGGCGCUGGGCAAAUGACUCUACUUACAGAGAGUCCUCCACCACCACCGCCCAGCCCGAGCCAGAGCCAGAGCCAGAGCCAACUUACAUCUCCCGACCUCCACCUACCAUCCUCAUCACAGCUCCAUCACAAGAAGACCUCUUUGCCUCACCGCCCACGAUGACGAUAGCUGACGCACUCAAAGAGCGGAGGCCUCUGUGCACGCCUUUCAUAGUGGGGAAUAAACUGGUAACUGGAAAGUAA